GGUAACCAAUGGCAUAUGGACGAAUGCAGCGGCAGGUGCCUGAGCAGGAAGGGCAGAAGUGAAAGAAAACAGGAGAAAAGAGGACGACAGAAACUUGAAACACUUAUGAAGGAGUGUGUCAAAUAGAAAAAAAACUAUCCAAGCUGGAGGACGACAACAACACAGAAGCCCCUGAGGCCUACAUGGACGAUGGGGCGUUUACCACCAUCUCUCUGGCAGACGACUCAGCCAACAGUGGAUCUGCAGCCCUGUAUACUAAACAGGAGGACGAUCUCUUCAUCAUGAACUGUGACAUAGAUGGAGACCUGGAGAACCAGGCUGAGAUGGAGGAGAAGACGAGGUUGAUCAAUCAGGUUUUGGAGCUGCAGCACACACUGGAAGACCUGUCUGCUCGAGUCGACGCAGUAAAGGAGGAGAACCUGAAGUUAAAGUCAGAGAACCAGGUUCUGGGUCAGUACAUCGAGAACCUGAUGUCGGCCUCCAGCGUCUUCCAGACCACCGACACCAAGAGCAAGCGCAAGUGAGGCUGUGUCAGACGCGCACGGUGGAUUUCCAGGGACACGGAGAAGGCGGGAGGGAGGGAUUCCUGUAACCAUUUUACCCGAGUCAGAACUAAACUAAUGUAAAUAAUGAAAAUAGUGUUUGUAAAAAGUUUUGUUUACAUUUGAACGCACCAACAUUUGGGACAUUUUCGUUGAGUCUCGACUAAACGUAAUGUUCAAAAUUAAGUUAAACAUUAAAAAAAAUGUUACAAAGAAACUUAUCAGCAUAAAUUUUAUUUAUUUUGUAAAAUAUGUUGUUUGACAGCUGGAUCUGGUACUUCAGUUGGUCUUUUUUCCCCCCUUCGUGUUUCCAACUGUAUUCCUCUGCUUGCAGCUCAUUAGCUGACCAGUGUUAUGCAGAAUGAACAAUUGUAUAACAACAGCAUGUAUAAGGAAUAAGUAUUAACAUAUCUAAUGAACUGUCAUUAAAUUUAGCUCUAAA